AUGGCCCGCCGGUGGCAUCUGUGGCUGGCGGCCGCGGUGCUGGCGGUCGCCAGCGCGACUCUGGUCCGGGCCGACGCUUGCCCGGACGCGUGCCAGUGCAAGUGGAAGGGCGGCAAGCAGAGCGUCGAGUGCCGCGACAAGUCGCUGAUCACCGUGCCGACGGGCAUCGACACGGUAACGCAGGUGCUGGACGUGUCCGGCAACAAUCUGCAGAUACUUCCGGGAAGCGCGUUCGCUCGGCUCGGGUUGCUCAACCUGCAGCGCGUGUACUUGUCCCGGUGCCGGAUCGGGCUGAUCGACAGCCGGGCGCUCAAGGGCCUGACCAACGCCGUGGAGCUCGACCUGUCCGGAAACAUGCUGACCACGGUGCCCACGGACACGCUGGUCGACGUACCGCUGCUCCGGGACCUGUCGCUGGCUGGCAACCCCAUACAGCGCGUCGGGGCCGAAGCGUUCCGGCACUGCACCGGUCUCGUCCGGUUAGACCUGUCGGGAUGCGAGUUACACGAGAUCGCGGCGGGCGCGUUCGUGGGCAUCGACCAGCUGGAGCUGCUCAAGCUGAACAACAACCGACUGACGGAGCUAAUGGCCGGCACGGUGGCCACGCUGCACAAGGUGCACGGCGUCGAGCUGCACGACAACCCGUGGCACUGCGACUGCCGCAUGAGGCCGGUCAAAGUGUGGCUGACCGACAAUAACGUGCCGACGACUGUCGAUCCGGCGUGCGCCACUGGCCCGGGUCGCGUGGCCAACCGCACGUUCUCCGCGCUGGCCGCCGACGACUUUGCGUGCCAGCCCGACAUUCUGCAGCAGGACGACCAAACCGUGCACGCGGCUACCGGCGACAACGCGUCAGUAUCGUGUCGCGUCCAAUCGUCGCCGGCCGCCAAGGUUUCGUGGUACUGGAACGGCCGGCCGUUGGCCAACAACACGGCGUUUGGCCCGUUUCAACGGGUGUUCAUGACCGACGACCGGACGGCCACGGGCGGUGGCACCGGCCACAGUUCACUGCUGCUCACAAACGUCCAGCCGUCCGACUCGGGACAGUUCUUGUGCGUGGCCGAGAACCGGGCCGGCCGGGCCGAGGCUAACUUCACGCUGGUCGUCACCCGGCUCGGUGGCCUUGCGUUCUUGGCCAACGGCCAGGUGGCCGGCCUCAGCGUGUUCCUGGUGUUCCUCAUAGUCACCAUACUGCUGGUCAUCGUUUACCUUCUGGUCCGGAUCAAGCGACUACCACCCGCGUCAACUCGGUCCGACGGUAAACCGCACCAGCUGGUCACUACCGCGGCAUCGGCCACCAGCAAUGGCACGGCCGCCGUUGUGGUACAGGUCAAGCAGCCCGCGUCAGGCCCAAACACCGCUCCGGCCGCAGCCACUACGGUGGUCGCGUCGCCAGUGGUGGCGGUGCCGGGCGGCCCGUACGGUGGAUACGGCAACGCGUUCGACCACACGUUGGCCGCGGAGGCUGUGGUCGGCGGGAUCAGGAGACCCGAAAAGCUCACCGAACUGUCGUUCGCGGCCGACCACUACGAGGCCACCGGUUUCGGCCACAACGGCGUGCUCGACACCGGCCGGACUGUGCUGUACCGGAGCCAAGCGUCCAAUCCGGACCUAAUAGUGGACGCGCCCGAACAGCAGCCACCUCAGCCACCGAGCGCUGCACACCAUCAGCCGGCCAGGAGGUCGGCGAGCGGCGAGUACAGGAGGACGGCUGACGAUUCGCUUUACUCGCCCGGUUUUUGGACGGCGUCGGACGCAGCGGCCAACGACCGGACGCCGAUCAUAGAGAAGUCGCCGCCACUACCCGCGGUCGGCGCGAGCGUCAGAGAAACGGUGGCCGCGCCGCCGGAUCCUAAGGCGGCCAGUCUCAGGGUGUGGAAACACGGGGUGCAAGUGAUGCCGCCACUGAGCGCGCUCAAGCGGGCCUUGAACAAGGGGUCGCCGGACGAAGGAUACCAGGAAGGAUGCGGAACCGACGUCUGAUCUC